GGGCUUAAUCUUAGCUAAAAUUAAUUGUUGAAGUUUUGACGCUUUCUAAAACCAAACAGCAGAAAGAAGGAAAUCCAAAUUUUGCCACCAACAUUUUCUCGCACGAAGGACUAGGGUUUUGCCGGUAGAGGCCAGGGUUAAUCGAACUGGAGAAGGCAAAAUUUGGAGAUGGAUGAUUACAAAGAUGCCGUUCAACACGAGCAGGAUGCUUCCGGUGCUGGCGCCGCGAUGGAGGUAGACAAGCAUACAGAAGCUGAAAUCCAGAAAUUCUCUGAUUCCAAGGACAUGGAAGUUGAAAACGAACAUGAGCGUGCAGAUGGAGAACAUUACGCUGACAUUGCAACUAGAGACAAUCCCGAGACAGGCCAAGCCAAAGGUGAGGUUUAUCCGGCUGCGGAAAAAGGUCUUGUUGAAUCUCCCAAUGCCAAGGAAUUGCAUGAAGAACCGAAUAUUUUGGCCUCUGCGGAGAGUUUUUUCCAGGACAAGGAAUUGAAUGAAGUCUUGACAGAGACAGAAGUGCUGCCAGCCAGUAAGACGGUGGAGGAGGUUCACAAACCGCAACUGAAUGGAUUAAGUGAGGGUGAUACGAAAACCCCUUCUAAAUCAUUUCUAUUGGAUGCAAAUGAUGUUGCAGGGGAUGAAUCGGGAACAGAGGAAGAGCAAACUGCAUUUAUGAAAGAGCUCGAAACUUUCCACAGAGAAAGAUGCUUGGAGUUCAAGCCUCCAAGGUUUUAUCAAGAGCCGUUAAACUGCCUUAAGUUGUGGAGAGCAGUGAUAAGACUGGGUGGCUACGAACAGGUGACUGCAUUGAAGCUGUGGCGCCAAGUAGGGGAAUCGUUUAGACCCCCCAAGACCUGUACCACCGUCUCUUGGACAUUUCGAGGUUUCUAUGAGAAGGCACUAUUAGAGUAUGAAAAGCACAAAAUGCGAAGUGGUGAGCUUCCAUUCACCGAUGCUUCGUUAUCAGAUCCUGGUUCUGGAAAUCAGGUGGCAGUUAAUCAAGCUCCAGGAUCAGGUAGAGCAAGAAGGGAUGCUGCAGCUCGUGCCAUGCAGGGAUGGCAUGCUCAUCGUCUUCUCGGCAGUGGAGAAGUUGCAGAUCCCAUCAUUAAGGACAAGAACGCAGUUACCACUCCGAAGAGAGAAAAACAGCUAAAAAACAUUGGUUUGCUGAAGCGUAAAAGGCUAUCACCUAUUGAGCAUGAUGUCAAAGUCGGUCACAUAGCAUCAAGAUCACAUUCGGAGGCAAUGGUUGUGGAUAUUGGGACCUCUGCUGAUUGGGUGAAGGUCAAUGUUCAAAGAACGAAAGACUGCUAUGAAGUCUAUGCUUUAGUUCCUGGGCUUUUGCGAGAGGAGGUGCGCGUCCAAUCUGAUCCUGCGGGGCGCUUGGUUAUAUCUGGUCAACCAGAACAACUGGAUAAUCCUUGGGGCGUCAUUCCAUUCAAAAAGGUAGUCACCUUGCCCACAAGAAUUGAUCCUCAUCAGACGUCAGCUGUCGUGACCCUUCAUGGGCAGCUGUUCGUUCGAGUGCCCUUUGAACAGUCAGAUAUAUAGAAGGUAGUUUUAGUUUAGUUGUGUUGCACUUUCUCGAAUGACAUCUUUUGGGAUCUGUGAAACACUUUCUAAUUUAGCAAAUUUUAGCCAUACUUCCAGUUUGUAUUUGCACUGCGUAUCUAAAUAGAAAUGAUGUUAUUUGCCUACACUUUGUAUUAUACCUCGUGGAUGACAUAACUGAGGAUAUUAAGUCUUAAUCAAUCUUUUGAAAA